UUCCUCAUACUUUCCAUCCUGUUCAUCCACUUUUCUGUUAGCCACGCCCCCACAGGUGAACCAGCAAAUCACUGCCUCCGUUCUCACAAACGUCUGAUCUGUGGCCGGCCGGACUUCAUUCCACAGAUGUGCUUUAACAAAGUGUGAAGCUGAACUCUGAGCUGUGACAGUGAAGCAGUGUGAGAGUGUCAGUAGAUGAUCAGCAGAGGAAAGUGAAGCUGCUGUGAGCUGAUGUCCUGAAGGGCUUUUAAAGAGUCUCUGAGUUUGACAGGAACAUGAAGAUGUUUGUGGUGUUUGUGAUCCUCCUGCACGUUUCCCAGCAUGCCCUUGCUGUGGUGGUGGAGGUGUAUGAGGAGGCAAAGUCUCUUCUGCUGCCCUGUCAGUACUCUGGUAUUAUUCCUGAGAAAAAUCCCACAGUGAUGUGGACUCGCAGUGAUCUCAGUCCCACGUUUGUCCACCUGCGACGAGAAGAAGGUGAUGAUCUCAAAAAGCAGAACCUCCGCUACAGCGGGCGCACAUCAAUGAGGCCUGAUGCUCUGGAGACUUCAGACUUCAGCCUCACUCUGAGAAAACCAGACCUGAUUGACAGCGGCGUCUACACCUGCUCCAUCAGUGAUGGGAAAGAAGAAACAGGACAGAGAGAUGUGCAGCUAAAGGUCAAAGGUCUGCAACUGAUUAUUUAAAAAACAACUGCUUAC